AUUCAUUGGAAAUUCCAGUGCUUCACUGCUUAACAAUUUACUAUUCUAUCUAUACUUAUUGUAUUGUUUUAGUUCGACUAAUAUUUAACGAACGUACAGGUACAGGGUUACACAACCAACUAUGGACCUUUAACGUGUGAUGAGCUCCAAAAUUUGCCAUGGGAAAUCCGGAACUCGAAAAAGGAUAUAGCAGUAAACUGUAAACCGCGCUCCUUCUCACUCUCUCUGUGGACAGUGGUCCCGAAGGAAGAACUUCACAGUUUUUAAAGAACCUGAAUCCCUGAAAGAAGUUACGGUCAUACGCACUUAUUGUUAUUGCAGAGAAAACAGACAGAAAGAAGGGAAUCAAAUAUACUACUUCCCAUCUGCAUAAUACGUAUGUAAAAAUUUUAUACUACCUGCAAAUUUCUCAUUUCAUCAAAUCAAUCACUCUCUUUUCUGAUACCAGUCAAGUAGUAGUACUCAUUAAUCGACGUAUAAGUCAAGUCCAUCUAUUCUCUUUCAUCCCCGUUUCACCCAGAAUGCGUUGUCAAUUUCCACUAUAUCCAUCGUCAUCUUGUCAAAAAGCAAGCUUUUUUUUUUUUUUUCCCUUCUUGCACAGUUUUUCAUUGUACCAGAAAAGGUCCCUUUUUUACAUAUUUGCAUCGUUGAAUUACCAAUCUACCAAUCAAACCCACUAGGCAAAAAUUUUCCCUCACCUAAAUAAUUAGCCAGGAAGAACCCUUUCUACAUACAAAUUCGACCUUCUUGAAAGCUCUGUUUCUCUUUUGCAGUUUCUCUACCAAGAGCAAAAAAAAUUCCAACACGUCGAAUAAUUGGUUUCCUCUUUAUUGCUGGCUCCAUUAACUCUGUUUCAAGGGUUUUUUUUUUUUUUUUUGGUGGAGUUUAAAAUGGUCCCAAUCCCAUCUUUCAAAAAGCUCCAAAAUUGAUUCAGAAGCUAGCCAGCUGGAGAGGUUAUUAUCAUAUUUUUGUCUCUUUGGUUUGGGGGGUUUUUAAAUAAUUUGCCAAUGGAAGCACCGGCGCCACCGUCAUUAGACCCGUCUGCGACCCAACAGCAACCGCCACCCAUGGCAAUGGCGACCCAACAAGCAUAUUCGGCGAACACGGGUCACGGGUCGGCCGGACCCGUGAUAGGAGUCCUUGCGGUGAUAACCAUUCUGGGUGCGGCUGCGGUUAUGAUCGGCAGAAUUUGUUCAGGUCGGGGAAUUUUCGGUCGCGGGCCACGCUAUGACUUGGAAAGCUGGGUGGAAACCAAAUGCUCGUCUUGUGUGGAUGGCCGGAUCGAUUCGCCGGCUCCCCGCCGGAUUGUGGUCGAGCACAGUAACAGCAGCCGGCCGGGUGAAGCCGCCGGCCCACCUCCACCGCCGUUGGAGGAGGCGGCGCCGGGAGUGGCGAGGGUGGUGGAGGAAAGACCCGAUGAUGAUCAAGAAACGAUUGAGGAGGAAACAGAGACAUUAUCACCUAAUCAUGCUCAACGGCAUCAUAUUACUACUAAUCAUAAUCGUCCAAUACAUCCACUUGAAAGAAGAAAAGAUGAAGGGCCUUGAUUUCGUUUUAUUGGUGGUUAAUUUUAACAUUUUACUUUUUUUUUGAUACCUUAUUUUAGGUGAUUUUUAAUUUCCCCCUAUUUGAUGAUGAUUGAUGAUGUUUAGGAGAUCGAAUUACAAAAAUAUUUUCUUGAUGGAGGCAAUUUAUUUUUUCAUCAAUCACCUGCACAUUUAUGCCUAAAUAACCUGCACAUUGUGCUCUUGAUGGUCCAAUUUUUAAAUUAUGAAAUAGUAUAGGACUAGAAUGAAGGAUUUCCAUUAAAGUAGAGUUUUUAAUGUGUUACCAACUUUAGAAACAUGUAAAGAGAAGUUUAUUUGAUCGUAAUUACAAUAUUAUAAAAGAAAAUGAUAUAUUAUACUCUCUCCGUUUCAUAAUUAUUGUCCAUUUUGGUUUUCUUUUCUAGCUUAAAUUGUACUAAAAGUGAAAUGUCAAACUGUAUAAUAAUUUUGGAACAAAAAGAGUAUGAUAUGUAGCAUUCACAUUUUGUCAUCUUUAGCAUUUUUUUUCUUUUCAAGAGUCAAGCUUGGUCCAAUGGGGUGUGGCAAGCUUUGCAACAUGAAUAUUGCUUUCGAAAGUAUGCUUUUUAUGCAAACAAAAAGGAAUGCAUUUUGCCAAGAAAUUCUAAAGUGGGAGGGAAUUGAUGGAUGGGCUGUGGUGUGUUGAUCAGAUAAUAAUAAUUCAAAGAUAUAAAGUCAAAUAUCCGGCGAAUUAUUGCAUUUUCUUUUUCUCUUUUUCGAAGGAAGUGGAGUGACCACUUUAAUCUAGCCUCUACUAUUUUAAAUACAAAAAAAUUAGUGAUUUUAUAUUACAGAAAAGGGGAAAUCUCUGCACAGAUUUUUUUUUUACUUUUAAGUUCUAACUUUAAAAAAAAUGUAUUACAAUCUCCAUCGGGUCAAUUAGAAACAAAAAGUAGAUUUUUGAUAUUUUAUGUUUUUGAAGUGAGAAACUCGAGCAAAUAGCAUUCAUCGAGCUUUAUGAUUCAGUAUGGUCUGAUUCUAAAUUCUGUCAAUUUUUUAAAUGUUUACCUGUAAAUUGUCAUUAUUGAUUUUGCAGGUUCCAACUUUAGAUAGUAUUUGUUAUAUUUGUUAUUGGACAAAGUGUUUUUCUUUUCCUACGAUGCAAUGUAGUAAUAGUCUUUCCUUCUUUUUUGGUUGUAUAAAAAUUAAAGAGAUUGGAAUAAUUAGAUAAGUAGAAUCUAAUUUGGAGAUAUUACAAUCGACCGUAAAAUUGCUCUAGUUUUUUUUUUUAAUCGAUUGCUCUUCGAGUGAGUAGAGGAUGAGUGUUCCCUUAUUGGGAACGAGACAAGUAACAACAACUUAAUCUUUCAAGGAAUUCUCUUCUUUUUUUUUCUUUAAUAUGAUUAAAAUUUAAAGUGGUAGGGGACUCUCCCCAAGCGCGGCUUGCAGGUCCUCCCUCACAAAUUCGGCCUCAUAGAUCCGGCAAGAUCUCGGCUUAUAGAUACUUCUUCACAGAACCGGCCUCACAGAUUUGGCGAACAAUGAUGUGCGCCGGAAUUGGAUCUGGCCGGACUUGGAACUGUUUUCAUGUCGUCGUCCAUGGAUUGCUGUUGCUGUUUGAAUAUGCUCUUUAUUAGAUCCGUCGGAUUUCGGCCGCCAAAGGUGAUAUCUUACUGUUCACUGGCAGACCAAAUUUAGUUUUUUUUUUAUUGUUGUAUUUUAAUUCAAUUAAGUGGGAAAGUUCACCCUCAUUAUACAUCUCGGAUUGAUUCUUUACUGAGCGAAUUUAGUGUGUCAACAGAACCGAGUCCGUUGGUCGAAUCCAAAUUUGGUGUGUGUUGUUCGUCGUUAAUGACGAUAAAUUUAUGCCUAAAUCUGCUGAUAAGUGAU